AGUUUAUGGCUGCUUCCUGUGGUGUCAAAGCGACUGCAGGAGUUAGGGAAGUUGUUGGAGCGUCUCUCUGUUGAUUAGGUCGGUGGGAUGGAGGCGGUAGAGAGUAAGGGGGUUGAUCCCGUAGUAGCCCACGGGGAAUCGCUACCCUCUAUAGGCGGAGAGAAACCACCGGCUGAGGAUGAUGCCGGUAAAAUGGAGGAUAUUCCCGAGAUUGUGCAGGAUCCAGCAAUAAACACAGAAAAUGAGGCCGAAAGCCGGCAAGAGCAGGGAGAAAAGGCAAAGGAGAAUCCACUAAACCUACUGGAUACAUGCGCUGUUUGUAAGCAGAACUUUCAGAGUAAAAAUCCUAAACUUUUACCCUGCUUGCACACUUUCUGCCAGAAAUGUUUACCACAACCAGAGCGGCAUCUUACAUUGCCUUCAUCGGUCGGUCCACCGAGCCAAGGAGAUGCGGCAGGGCAAGGCAGACAGAUUGGUGUUGUUCGCUGUCCACUAUGCAGUCAAGAAUGUGCAGAAAGGGACAUAAUGGACAACUUUUUUGUGAAGGAUACAGCAGAAGUCCCAACCAGCACUGUGGAAAAGUCGAGUCAAGCUUGUACUAGCUGUGAAGAUAAUGCUGAAGCCAGUGGGUUCUGUGUAGAGUGCUUAGAAUGGCUUUGUAAAACGUGCAUCGAUGCCCAUCAAAGAGUUAAGUUUACGAAAGACCACACUGUCCGACAGAAAGAAGAGGUUUCUCCAGAGGCAGUCAGUGUACCCAACCAGCGGCCAGUUUUCUGCCCCGUACACAAGCAAGAGCAACUGAAGCUGUACUGUGAAACGUGUGACAAACUGACUUGUCGAGAUUGCCAACUUUUAGAACACAAAGAACACAAGUACCAGUUUCUCGAAGAAGCAUUUCAGAAUCAGAAGGUAGCAAUUGAAACACUAACUGCAAAACUGGAUGAAAAAAAGAAAUAUAUUACUUUCACUGCUGACCAGAUCACUCAGAGGAUUAAUGAAAUGAAUGACAACUUCAAGAAAGUCGAACAAGAUAUAAAAGUUGCAAUCUUUACGUUAAUGGUUGAGAUAAAUAAAAAGGGAAAAAAUCUUCUGCAUCAGUUAGAGAGUCUUGCGAAAGACCGACGAGCAAAGCUUCUCCAGCAGCAGCAGGAAGUAGGAAGUCUUGCAAAACAGGUUGAACAUGUCAUGAACUUUGCUGACUGGGCCAUUGCAAGUGGCAGCAGCACUGCACUACUGUACAGCAAACGACUAAUAACCUUUCAACUGCGUCAUAUCUUAAGAGCAAGGUGUGAUGCCUCACCAGUUACUACUAGUACUGUUCGCUUUCACUGUGACCCAAAUUUCUGGGCUAAGAAUGUUGUCAAUUUAGGAUCCCUAGUAAUUGAAAACAAACCACCUGCGCCCUCAACCAACACAAAACAAGUAGAAGAACAGAAUCCCCAGUCCCAGGCAAACAUACCUACUGCAAACCAACUGUCUAGGUUCCCUACACAAAUUAGCUUGGCACAGCUUCGAAUCCAGCACAUGCAGCAGCAAGCUAUGGCUCAAAGGCGGCAGCAGCAGCAGCAACCUCCUCCUCCUCCCCCUCCUCCUCCUCCCCCUCCUCCUCAGCAGAUGCACCAACAACAGCAACCACAACAGCAAAGCCACCAUCAAAUGCAGCAUCCGAUGCAGCAGCAAACCAACCAGCAUGUUAUGCAGCAGCACCAGCUCAAUCAACAUGCAAUGCAGCAACAGUCUAGCCAGCAUUUAAUGCAGCAGCAACAAACCAAUCAGCUUCCAAUGCAGCAACAGCAGAACCACCAUCAUAUUCAAAUGCAGCAGCAAAACCAACACCAAAUGCAGCAAAACCACCAGCUUCCAGUUCAGCAACACCAUCAGCAGCAGCUACAGCAACAACAACAUUUACAGCAGCACCAGCAGCAGUUACAGCUGCAGCAGCAACAGCAGUUACAGCACCUGCAGCAGCAACAGAGACUGGGACAUUCAGUACAACAUGUAAGGGUUCAGGGUUCAACACAAGGUCAGCAGACUGCAGCUUCUCCAUCUAAUCAGCAGCCUCCACGGUUAAUAAGUCUUCAGAGCCUGAGAGGUAAACUGAAUCCUGUUGUUCAAACGCAUCAAAUGAGAAUACUUCAGACUAUGCCUAGACUGGCACCUAAACCCAAUCCACAGCACAUCCCUUUCAUGGCACAGCAGGCUAUAAAGCAGUGGCAGACUUGUAGUGAGCCAGUAUUAUCUAGUCCACCGGCAAGCAGCAGCAACACAGCAUCGUUAUCUAGUCCCACUAUCACUAGUGCUGUUGGAAAUGAUGGGAAGAACUCUGCUUGCUUGACAGAUUUAAUUUCUGCAGGAAUUACACCUGAAAAACUACCUCCUUUCUCAGAUGCAGAGCUUGAUACUGCAGCAGUGACCCUGUUUGAUUUAUUAGUCAAAAAUGAUAACACUAAUCACUCAAAGAAUGCUGCAAAUGGAAUGAGACAGAUGCCAGUUUCCACAGUUCCAUCCCCAGGAGUUACAGGAACAGUGACGGUAACAAAUGUUACUCCUCCAAUACGUUCUUCCAGUGCAUCUAGUGUUGGGAGCAGAGGAAGCCCAGGCUCCUACAGCCGUCCAGCAAAGGUGGAUUCGACCAACAAAACUGCUCCUCCUCCUCCUGUCAUCAUGCUUGAGCCUGUGAAAAUUAAACAAGAGCCUGGUAUAGAAAACGAACCACUUAGCUAUCCAGUUGUUGUAGUGAAGCAGGAAUCUGCACGGCUCAGAAACCAAAACAUGUUUCUGUUGAGAGAGAAAAUCUUAAAUCGAACAAUUCCUUUUCCAGUACUGAAAAUAUCAAGUGACCAUCAGAUUAAUAGUUUGUCACAGUUUCUUGCUAACAGCAGGCAGGCUGAUAUGAAUGCUAAUUCACAAAAAUCUGUUGCACUGAAACCUGUCUUGACAUCUGAUGCUCCUGAUAGUACAGGAGACCAGCCAAAGCCUUCCAGUGAAGGUCAGCCAGAUGAAAGCCCUAGUAAAACAAAUCAGAAGUCUCCACGAACUUUGGCUGAGAAUGCCAACAAGGAAGAAGAUCCAAAUGAAGACUGGUGUGCCGUGUGCCAGAAUGGUGGGGAAUUGUUAUGCUGUGAGAAGUGCCCUAAGGUUUUCCAUCUGUCCUGUCAUGUACCAACACUGCUCAGUUUUCCCAGUGGAGAGUGGAUUUGUACAUUUUGCCGGGACUUGUCCAGACCAGAAGUAGAGUAUGACUCUGAUGAUUUCCGUUAUGGCCCUGAGAAGAGAAAAUCAGGAGCAUCUUCAGGAAUGUCUGCACUGGAUCAGAGGAGAUGUGAACGAGUUCUUCUUUUUUUAUACUGCCAUGAGAUGAGUUUAGCUUUCCAGGAUCCAGUUCCCUCCACAGUUCCUGAAUACUAUCGAAUCAUCAAACAUCCAAUGGACCUGGCAACUAUCAAGAAAAAACUCCAGAAAAAUCAUGCUCAUCACUACCAGAAACCAGAAGACUAUGUAAACGAUGUUAGACUUGUAUUUAAAAACUGUGCCGAUUUUAAUGAUCCUGGAUCUGAGGUCGCCCAUGCUGGCAAAGUUUUAGAAGAAUAUUUUGAAGAGCUGCUUAAGAGCCUGUAUCCAGAAAAAAAGUUUGAGUUUGAACUAUUUGAGGAGGAGAAGAAACUAAGCGAUGAUUCAGAAGACGAAUUUGUGCAACCUCGAAAAAAACGUAGACAAGAUGACCGUCCGUUUUACAUAAAAUGACUUUUCUCUGAAUUCCUAAUGGUUGACUACAUCAAUUUGACAGCCAUUUUUUUAAAAAAAUAUCCUAACAGAAAAUCUGUAAUGCUACAGAGUGAUAGAUGUAAAAUAGAAUCCAUUUUUAUACCUCA